UUAUAAACAAAUUAGUAGUUCUUAUUAGUAAAUUAUUACAAAAUUAAAAGUGAUAACAAAUUCGCAUAUCUAGUAACAAUUAAAACCAACUUUACCGGUGAUACCCAAGUCAUCCACUAUUAUUUUUCAACAAAAAAAACAAUCUCAAACUCGACCAAUCAACAGGGCUGUUUAAUUAGUAAAAGAAAAUCAACAUCAAAAUGCAAGCUGUCUUAGGGAAAGUCGUAGGUACGUUCCGUGGAGUUGGAGCCCCUUUAAAAGCAUCGGGUUCCAUCCUUCUCGGGAACGGAUCUGGUUUGGCGUCUGCUGCUGGAAGUGCAACCUCUUCUCGUGUGUGGCAUGGAUUUGCUAUAAUCGGCACGAACCGGUUUUAUGCGACAACAAGAACAGCAUCGGACAAUAAAGAACCUGAAAAAUCCGUCUUUAUUUCGCAAUCCACCGACAUUCACACGAAUUUGGCUUUGGAGGACUGGAUUUAUCGCAACUUCAAUUUCGAAAACCACCGAGUUCUCCUCCUGUGGAGAAAUGAUCCCUGUGUGGUAAUCGGUCGACAUCAAAAUCCUUGGACCGAGGUCGACGUGUCAUUAGCAGAGGAAGCCAAGCUGCCCGUUGUGCGUAGAAAUUCGGGCGGCGGAUGUGUAUAUCAUGAUCAAGGAAAUCUGAACUGCACAUUUUUCACUCCUCGGGAUGGUUAUGAUCGGAAAUCCAAUCUGGAGAUUAUAUGUCGAGCAUUGAAGCGACAAUUUGAUAUCGACGCGGACGUGUCACCCAGGCUAGAUGUCAAUGUCCAGGGCUAUAAGAUUUCCGGAACUGCUGCAAAGCUGGGGAAAAAUGCAUACCAUCACUGCACUUUGCUUGUUGAUGCAGAUAUUAAAAAGCUGUCGGCUUUGCUGAAUCCAGACGUGGAUGAGAAAAUCGAGUCCAAGGCUACGAAAAGUAUCAAAUCUCCAGUAAAGAACUUGAAAAGUCAAGACCCUACCAUCAGUGUGGACAAAGUCCUUUCCUCAGUUGGCUACGAAUUUUUACGAUCAGACAGCACUGGCAAUGACGGAGGUGAAAAGCAGAUCCAACACCAGAGAGGAUUUCAAAUGGUGAAUCCUACCAAUGAAUGGUUCCCAGGUCUGGAAAAGAUUCGAUCCGAUCUGAAAGGAUGGGAAUGGAACUAUGGGAAAACUCCAGAUUUCUCGGUGGAUCAAAGCUAUCCAAUUGGACUUGGAAGAGCUAAUCAAGAUGGGGCAGCCAACAUUGAUUUGCACCUGCGAAUAGUUAAGGGACGAAUUGAAAAUUCUCAACUUCGCCUCCCGUUUGGCAAGGAGCAAUUGGUGGACUCCAACACCCUGGCUGAUCUUUAUGCAUUCAUUAAUGCUCUCAAGGAUCGUCCAUUCAGAAUGGAUAUUUUGGCCACAUUUGAGGGACUCUUGUUUAAGAAGAGUACUCAAGAAGUGAGUGCAACUUCUUCCAGCCGAUCACUGAGGGACAUUAGAGUCGCUGAGUCGCUCUUGAUUGCAUAAAAAUAAACUAAAAUUGGAUUAUUAUUAGCUGGAGACUGGGCGACUGAUAUUUUUAUUCUAGAGCGUGGUUUUUGUUGUUAUUCUCAUAUUCUAAUUAACUUUAUCAAUAAUAAAUUUAAUACCAAUAAUACUUAAAAACAUG